AAAUGCCGAGGUGAGGCCAUAGCCUCCAACUUUUAUAACCAGAAGCAGCUCUGGACGUAAUUCCACAAACUACACCGUUUAGCGGCUAAUCUUCCCCCCAAAUCGCACCGUCACAGAUACGCGUUGGUACAUCUUCUUCAUCCGCAGCUCUCGAAGCCGCAGCACCACCUGGACCCGUACUGAGCCAUAGGCCCAUAGCAUCAGGGAGGCAGCAGCUGUGUGGUGUUGUGGUGGUGGUAUUUCUGCAGAUCAGUGGUGGUAGGUAUUUGAAGUAUAAUUUUGAAAAUGAGUUCGGACAGCAUGAGCAGAAGCAGGAGCAGGAGCAGGAGCCCACCGGAUCGUAAGAUCCGUUCUGAUCGCUUUUCCUAUCGUGAUGCACCUAACAGGAGAGAUUCACGUCGGGGUUUCAGCCGAGACGACCUUUGUAAGAAUUGCAAACGUCCAGGUCAUUAUGCUAGAGAAUGCCCCAAUGUGGCAAUUUGUCACAAUUGCGGACUGCCCGGGCACAUUGCUUCAGAAUGCACCACAAAAUCGCUGUGCUGGAACUGUCGAGAACCUGGUCACAUGGCCAGCAACUGUCCCAAUGAGGGCAUCUGCCACACUUGCGGUAAGGCUGGACAUCGGGCUAAAGAGUGCACGGCUCCCCCACUACCACCUGGGGACUUGAGGCUGUGCAACAACUGCUAUAAGCAGGGUCAUAUUGCAGCUGACUGUACAAAUGAAAAGGCAUGUAACAAUUGUAGGAAGACGGGCCACCUAGCACGUGACUGUCCAAAUGAUCCCAUCUGCAACUUGUGCAAUGUAGCUGGUCACGUGGCCAGACAGUGCCCAAAAACCAACACCAUUGCAGAGCGGGGAGGUGGUGUUCGCAGUAGUGGUUACCGCGAUGUUGUAUGCAGAAGCUGCCAGCAGCCGGGUCAUAUGAGCAGGGAUUGCAUGGGCCCCUUGAUGAUCUGUCACAACUGUGGUGGACGGGGACAUCUGGCAUAUGAGUGCCCUUCUGGCAGGUUUAUGGAUCGCUUUGCCAGGAGGUACUGAUGGAUGAGAGAUCGUGUUCUCGGUGAUUAUUCUAUUUAUUAUGCUUUUAUCUCAAGCCUGUUUCUUAUGAUCAAUUGAAGAUAGAUUUACCGGAGUGGAUUUGAAACUCUAUGGUAGGAAUGUGUUGAUUUAGUGUGCUUGUGCUUGAGUUGGGAAUAGAUUUGUCUAUUAAUAAAAGCUGUAUGUCAAUAGUGUUAGCCU